AAAUCUGUACUCUCUCCUUUGCUUCAUACUUGAAAUGAGAUUUUUUGUGCCUAAUGGUUGAUAGUUUCUUGUUUAUGUAGCAAGCUGAUCUGCCUACUUCACAUGGGGUCAGGGUCUGAAGUAAGAAAAUUAAAUGAGUUUGAAGAAGAAAAAACGAGAAGUAAGAGAACUUAUAUUGGUUUAGAAGAAAAAAAGGAAAGUGAGGAACUGAAAGGGAAGAAAAAUUCAGGCAACACUAAUUAUGAUGAAAAUGAUGAUGAACCACGUUUUCCAAUAAAGAAAAUCGGAAAUAUAUACAAACAAUGUCAUCACCAAAUCACCUCGUCAACUCAGCUUACACAUGAUGGACAAAACUACACUGAGAGUGGGAGUUCUUCACAGUCAAAUGUAUCAUCUCUUUAUGUUCUGCCCGAAAAGCACAUACUUGAAUCUGUCCUUGAUGUCCUACAAAGGAAUGAUCCGGAAGAGUUCUUUGCUAAGCCAGUUAUUAAUCCUAAUGGGGUAGAGGAUUAUGACAGGAUUGCCAAGACACCGUUGGAUUUUGGAACAAUAAGGGCCAAAAUCAAUAAGGAACUUUACAUAAGCGUGGAAGAUUUUAAGUUUGAUGUGUAUCUACUGUGCUUCAAUGCUUUGAGUGUUCAUCACCCAUACUCAAGACCUUACCAAGUGGCCGAAGCUAUACAAAAUCUUGCAAUAAGGGUUUUUGAAGAUGUAAGUGUUGCUGGGCUUCAACGUUUUAAUUUGGAAUCUUUGGCCACAGAGACACCAUUAUCAUCCCCAAGUAGAAUACCUCAAGUUGGACAACCUAAAAGCAUAGGGCAUGCAAGGUUUCGUCACAUAAGUCCUGAAAACAGUAUUGAAAGUCCAACAACAAACAUCAUUCCAAAUAUCUCACAACCAUGGAUCACUCCUCAAGCUGUAGUUGCACCAUCUUUAGCAGAGGCAGCCACAACACUUGAAAAUGAAAAAAGUUUGAUGAUUGGUUUCAAAGGUUCAUUGCCGCCGGACAUCUGUUACAAUGUUUCCGGCACUCAACCUAAUCAUCAGACUCUAGGAAGUAAUCUUCCUAGACAAGAAAACACUAUUGCUCGUGUUACUUCUCUUUCAAGCUAUCUUCACAAAAGAGAAAGUAACGCGAAUGGUAAUAUUCAAAAUCCUAAUAACCUAUCUGAAACCAUAAACACUUGGAAGACUCCCUCCAGGUGUAAUAUGGUUUCGUCAAAUGCCAACGUGUCUUCUGAAUCCGAAAAUCGGGUAGUGCAAUUAGGCGGUAGUGUUAGACAGAACAACACAUGUACUAUGAUACCACAAUUUGUGGACAAACAUGUUGCUUCAAGUUCAAAAGAUGGUGUUGGUGCAAGUUCAAGCCAUAUGAGAGUUUUUUCUUCACAAGAUGAAAAUUUUGCAACAAGGGCUAAUAAUCCAAACAUUUCUUUGUAUGGUUUAAACAGUGUUAGUGAAAGAACAAACUCAAAAUCAAAUGUUGAUGGUUACUUUCAAGGAUUGGUAAUUCCAUCAACAAUAUUUCACUUCAACCAAAGUAAUGAACAAAGUUUAUAUCAAGCCAAACAGAACCUUAGUGGUUUUCCUAUAAAUGGUUAUAGUGACAUGGCAGUGAAGGUUGGUCAGGUGAGUCCAAUGGGACCAUUUCCUAUGCUACAACAGUUCAUGUCAUCAUCAUCAGGUUUUGCUUCUCAAGUGUUUCCUUCAAGCUCAAGCAACAAUGUAAUGAGAGGAAAUAUGAAAGGGAAAGAAAUAGAUCAAGAUGGUGAUGAUGAAGAGGAGCUAAACUUGGAUCUUAAACUCUAGGUUUGCUUUUCAUUUAUGCAUUGGUUUUUUAUUGAAUAAUGAAAAAAUUUGAAAGACUAUUGGAUUUUGUUAC